GUGUACACACAGCACACUGGACAGCAGCAGCAGCAGAAGCAGCUCACUUUUGAAACGCUGAAGAUGGACAUUGCUAUACAGAGCCCCUGGAUCCGACGCCCCCUCUUUCCUUCCUGGUUCCCCUGCCGGAUCUUCGACCAGAAUUUCGGGGAGCACCUCUCAGAGGGCGAGCUGUUCCCCUCCUUCCCUUCCACGUUCUGGCCCAGAUCUUCGUUCUUUCGGAUGCCCAGCUGGGUGGAUACAGGACUCUCUGAGAUGAAGGUGGACAAGGACAGGUUCAUGGUCAACGUGGAUGUGAAGCACUUCUCUCCUGAGGAGCUGGGAGUCAAGGUGAACGGAGACUUCAUUGAGAUCCGCGGGAAACACGAGGACCACCAGGAAGCUGCGAGGGGCGAUUCCAUUGACAAGCCGGUGACAGGGACAGAAGGGCUCCGUUCUGUUGUAGUCCCCAGAAACCUGGAUGAGCACGGCUUCAUCUCCCGAGAGUUCCACAGGAAGUACAAGAUCCCAGCGGGGGUGGACUCUGCUGCCAUCACUUCCUCCCUGUCCUCAGAUGGAGUCCUGACAAUCAGCGCACCUCGCAAGCAGGCCGACGCCCCUGAGCGCACCAUCCCCAUCACCAUCACCCACGAGGACAAGCAGAAAAAGUAGAGCCCCCUCCUCCCCUCCCUCACCCUGUCCCUCUCCACCCUGAGACCAGGCAGUGAUCACCCAAGCGCAUCAUCCCCAUCACCAUCACCCACGAGGACAAGCAGAAAGUAGAGCCCCCUCCUCCCCUCCCUCACCCUGCCCCUCUCCACCCUGAGACCAGGGUGUUUCUCUAGCUGUGUGUGCACACUGAUGCAUGACAGGCAGGCAGCUCCACUGUUCCCGGUCUCUGGUGUGCAUGUCAUAAUAAAGCUGCCUCCCUCUUGGGAUGUUGAAGUUACCGACCUGGCUGUUCUGCAGUGGGGGCCGCCCUCGUUUCCCCUUCUUGAACAGACUCAUUAGAUAUGAAGCGAGUGGACCUUCGGUGCCAGGCUGUGUUCGGGUGGAGAGGUUCAGGGUGACGGGGUAGAGCUUGAAAUCUGGUCUCAGUUUUUGCUUCCACUGUUUUUAUUUUUGUGUUGUUGCUGCAUAACCAUACAUUCCUGACAAGCCAUAGUGGCCAGCGCUGUAAUGCAAUUAACACGGUGGUUUCUUCAAUGUGUAGUAAAGCUCUUCUAAGGUGA